UCCCGCUGGCUGCGGUAGGCCCGGCGUGCAGCCGGCAUGGAGCUACUCGGUUACCUGUUGAUGCUUCUGCUGUGUCGGGCUGUGUCGGGCGAUACUCACUCUCUGAGCUACAGCUUCACUGUGAUUUCCAAGUCUGGGCCUGGACAGCCUCGAUGUGAGGUGCGAGGCUGGGUGGAUGAGAAGCCUUUCCUCUAUUAUGAGUGUGGCAGCUGGAAGGCCAAACCUUUGGGUCCCCUAGGAGAGAGGGUAAAUGCCACCAAAGUCUGGGCAGAAUUGCCCCAAACCCUGAAUGAUGUGGAGCAAGAGCUCAGGAACACUCUGCAUGACAUCAAACUGGAGCAAAACAAGACCAGGGGUGCACAUCCUCCCACCCUGGAGGCCCAGAUGUCCUGUCAGCAUGAAGCAGACGAAUGCAGGGAGGCAUCCUGGAAUUUCAGCAUUGACGGACGGAUGUUCCUCCUCUUUGACUCCAUCCACACCAAGUGGACAGCGGUCCAUCCUGGAGCCGGGACCAUCAAGGAGAAGUGGGAGAGUGACUGGGUGCUGGCACAGUAUCUCAGGAAGGUCUCAAAAGGAGACUGUAGUCACUGGCUAAGGGAAUUCUUGAAGUACUGGGAGAAAAUGCCAGAGCUGGCAGUGGCACCAACUCUGGCCGUGGAGACCCCCCAGCCUCCAGCCAUCCAGCUACCUGCAUGGCUCAUAGCAGUGAUUUGCUUCGUAUUUCUCCUCAUCGUCAUCAUCAUCAUCAUCAUCUCCAUCAUGGUCAUCAAGAAAUACUGUAGUCGGGAUCGUAAGAGAGAUGAGGCACACGAUGGCCCCCCGCUCUUGGACAGGCUUUAGCCUGGUCAGAAUCCCUCCCCACUGAACCCCACUGGACCCCUGGGCACCAGCCCAUGGCUCCAUAGAAAUGAUGCACUUUAUAACUGAGCCUGGAGACCCCAUUCCAUGUGGUGCUGGGCAUGACUCUGUCCUUGUGCUGGGAGCUGGUGUGGGCUGCAGGAAAGAUGUGAGCAGAGGGAAAAACUAGCCUCUCUUUCUGAAAGUGGGGCAGGACCUGAGAUCUGGAAAGCCUGGGGAGGGCUGGUGUCCUGUGUGGUCUGCCCCAUGACUCUAGCAGAGCUGUGGUGUAGACGACAUCAUGUGCCCCAAGCUCUUGACCUCCCAAGGCUCACCAUCCUGAAUCCAGCCCUUGGCUCCAGCAGCAGCACGGAGAGCACAUGCAGCAGCAGCGCCCUGACUUGGUGGAACGCCUACAUAGAUAGCUUCAUGGUGAAAGGGAUCUGUCAGGGUGAAGCCAUCAUUGGCUAUAAGGACUCUGCCCUCCAUCAGGGCCCCCAUCUCAGGAAAACCUUCAUCAGCAUCACACCAGCGGAAGUGGGUGUCCUGGUUGGCAAAGGCUGUUCAAGGUUUUACAUGAAUGGUCUGCUACUUGUGGGCCAGAAGUGCUCUGUGAUCUGAACCUCACUGCCGACAUGGAUUCAUACCAAGAGCACCAUGGGAGCCCCAGCUUUAACAUCACUGUCACCACGACUGCCAAGACGCUGGUUCUGCUGAGGGCAAACAAGGUGUCCGGGGGUGUGCCGGUUUGAAUGUAUUGUGUCCCCCAAAUGCCAUUAUCUUUGUAGUCUUGUGGGGCAGAUGUUUUGGUGCUGGUUAGAUUUGCUUGGAAUGUGCCCCACCCAGCUGUGGGUGAUGA